CGGUAGUUGGCUCGAAUCGCAGGCGGCGGGAGGUCGGAUCCAGUGCGCUAUUCAGUUCCAGUUUGUGUCCCGACCCGCUAGCAGCUGCCGUGCGGCACGCCCGCCGCAGUUGUUGAUAUACUCGAAUUAUAAUCACCCGUCUCCUACCCCGAAUAGUGUGACGUAUCUCAUGUGUUGUAUACACGACGGCACGGUGUCUUGUGUUGUGAAUUAGUUAUCGAUAUUUACUUGUUAAAAGAGCAAAUAGUGACGCAAGAUGGCGAUCUUUGGUAUGGCAUCCGCGGUGGCGGGCUUCGUCAAAGUCCGCUACCUGAUCGACAAGGCUGUGAUAGACAAUAUGGUCUUUCGCAUGCACUACAGAAUCACCGCAGCCAUCAUGUUCCUGUGCUGUAUACUGGUGACAGCCAAUAAUCUAAUCGGUGACCCUAUAUCCUGCAUCAAUGACGGUGUGAUACCAAACCACGUAAUUAACACAUAUUGCUGGAUCACAUACACCUUCACACUACCGAACACCGCCGCCGGCAAGGGAAUCUCGCAUCCAGGUCUUGGCAACGAUUAUGGAGAGGAGAAACGGCAUCAUUCCUACUACCAAUGGGUGCCUUUCAUGCUCUUUUUCCAGGGCGUAUUAUUCUAUCUUCCACACUGGAUCUGGAAGAACUGGGAGGAGGGAAAAGUCCGUAUGAUCUCCGACGGAAUGCGAGGGACAUUGGCAACCAUAGACGACAGCAGAACCAACCGCCAGAGUCGUUUAGUCCAGUAUCUUAUGGAUACUUUACAUAUGCACAACACGUACUCUUUCGGAUAUUUCUUCUGUGAGAUACUAAAUUUCAUCAACGCUGUUGGAAACAUUUUCUUCUUAGAUACAUUCCUCGGUGGAGCAUUUUUAACAUAUGGAACCGAUGUUGUCAAAUUUUCAAACAUGAAUCAAGAGGACCGGACCGACCCUAUGAUCGAAGUUUUCCCAAGGCUGACCAAAUGUACAUUCCACAAGUUCGGAGCGUCUGGGACAAUUCAGAAGCACGAUUCUCUUUGCGUACUGGCCUUAAACAUUCUCAAUGAGAAAAUAUUCAUUUUCCUUUGGUUCUGGCUAAUUAUUUUGUCUAUCGUCUCUGGCCUAGCAUUGGUUUACUCAGCCGCUGUAAUUCUUUUGCCAAGCACUCGUGAAACUAUACUCAAGAGACGUUUCCGAUUUGGGACACCUAACGGUGUUGAGGCACUCGUUCGGAAGACUCAGGUUGGCGACUUCCUGCUUCUACACCUCCUGGGUCAGAACAUGUCACUUCGCGUAUUCGGGGAAGUGCUAGACGAGCUAGCGAGAAGACUGCAUUUCGGUUCAAACCCACCAUCAGCACCAUCCACUAUCGAGAUGGCACCUAUUUAUCCCGACAUGGAAAAGUUCUCUAAGGAGACCGAGACGUAAGCGUCUAUAGCACACCCGGCACUCUAAGAUUCAGAUACAUUCCUUGGAAUCCCAACGAUUCUCUCAUAACUGACACGUUUCCAAAGAAUGAAUUUGAAUCUAGAACGACUCUUUCGCAUUGGGUGUCCCAUAUAUCAAUUGUAUUAUGAGUUCACAAUUUUUAAUAUGCCUCAAACAACUAGUGUACGGACUAAUUGAAAAGUCUGUGAACUUAUGAGCAGCUGUCUCUAUUAAAAUCCAACGAAAAAUUCAUGACAUUCCUCUAUAUAGAUGUACAUUGCCUAUUAUCUGCACAUAGAAUUUAAAUACUAUUUUUUGCUUGUGUUAAGCAAAGCAGGGUAGUGAAUACUGGUUUGGUAACUGGGUAUAAAAGAGAACAUACGAAUUUGGUAUACAGUGACUGACCAAUUAGGUAAGAAAAUCACCCCUUUCUUCAUAAAAACUAAUACAAUCGUUUUACAUUGUUAAAAGAAUCACCAUGAAAUAUACAAAACAUUUUGUUUCUAUGAACAAGGGGGUAACAAUAACAAGCAGUGAUAACAUAUGAGUUAAAUGUAUACUAUACGCUAAACAUAGUUUACUAUACUGUAUUACUAUAUUUUAAUUAAAAGACAAGUCAAUGAUUGAGUACAAAGUAGUGUUGUGCGCAGGCACCUUGUCUUGCCUUAUAUAUCUCGAAGAUUUAUUUUGAUAUUAUUUAGCUUAAGUAUCGGUGCAAGUUUUGGUGUCAAAAUAUUUUUAUACUCGCGUUAUUUACUCUAAACAUCGUGCCAUUGUAGACAAAAUAUUGGCUAUCACCAGAUGUGCAUUUUAUUAAAGUAACAUCUACAAUUCUCGUAAGACAUUAGGACCAAUUUUUAUAUUGUAUUCAUUAUAAUUAGUGUAAGACUUUUCAGUCAAUUUAGCCAUAUUCGUAGUAAUAAUUAGAUUGUAUAAGAGACAAGAAUCUCGCCAACUAUUUCUUCCAUAUAUAAACUAAUUUAGGCAUAAUAGGUCUCCCAGUAUGGUUUGCUAAGGUAUAUAACGAAUUAAGACAAAAUACAUGUUUAUUACAUUAUGAACGUUUAUCAUUCCUACUGUAGUAUUUAAUUUUAGAGACUGUUCGUGUGAAUUUUAUACAUUACUGUUCAAUGUAAUUUUGGUUAUAUUUCAUUGAAAUAAACGAUUUUUUUUGUA